CUAAUAGCAGCAAACAAGAUUUAAUAACGAGUGAAAAUUUGUAUUUUUUUAUUUGAUAUUUUGUCCUAAUUUCAAAGUUUUGUCCGUUUUCUUCGUGUUGGAUAGUCUUUGAAGCGAAAUCAUGUAUGGGAAAAGACGAUACGAAGACAGAGAUCGUGAUGAUGGAAGAAAGAGAAGACGUAAGGUUGACCUAAAUGACAUUGAAGAUAAACUAGAGUCAUUGAUCACAAGAGUUGGGGAAAAGAGUUCUGCUUCUUUGGAAAACAAUUUACAACAGUUAGCCAAUGUUUUGGAGGCUGACCUGCCAAAUUAUAAAGAAAGAAUUUUAAAAAUUAUUUGUACAUGUGCUAGUAACCAUCCUGAUAAAAUCAGUGUAUAUAGUACCCUUGUUGGUUUGUUAAAUGUGAAAGACUAUAAAUGCGGAGAAGAGUUUCUUGACUUAAUGGUAGAUGAUUUGACUAGUGUCUUAAAAUCUGGUUCAUUUGAACGAGCACAGUUGAUGAUUCGAUUUAUUGCUGACCUUGUAAACACAAAAGUUGUUGUCCCAUCAUCAUUGAUGAAUAUGUUUGAGAGCUUCAUUGCAGUCACACUGGAGAAUGAUAAUAUGCAAGUUCGUUCAGACUGGUUUGUUCACACAGUUUUAUUGUCUUUUCCUUGGGCUGGGAAACAAUUGUGGGAAACACGUGAAUCAGAUUGUGAAAGAUUGUUUAAUACAAUUGAAAUUUAUUUAAAUAAUCGUCGCAAAACUCAUGUAAACGGUUUGAGAGUUUGGUCUUCAGAUCAUCCCCAUCUACAGGAAGAGUAUCUUGAUUGUCUUUGGGCUCAAAUACAGAAGCUUAAGAAUGACAAUUGGGUGGAACACCAUAUCAGAAGACCUUAUCUGGCUUUUGCAGAAACUUUUUCAGAGGCUUUACAGCAUCCUCUGCCAAAGAUCCCAAUCCUGCCUCGUGAAGAAGAUGUUCAAUAUCCUGUUCCCCAAGUUGUGUUUCGAAUGUUUGAUUACACAGAUGUACCAGAGGGACCCACAAUGCCUGGCGCUCAUUCUAUUGAAAGAUUUUUAGUGGAAGAAAGUUUAAACAGAAUAAUGAAUGCACACUACAAGAAUAGAAAGGAAUGUGCUGCGCAGUUAAUGAAACUCCCAGAUCAUGAAAAAAUUCCUUUCGAAUACUGUGUGAUUGAGGUGAUAUUUGGGAAUUUAUUUAACCUGCCAGUUCCACGGCAUUUAGAAAUAUUUUAUGGUUCACUUCUGGUUGAGCUUUGUAAGACACACCAAGCCUCAGUUCCUGGUGUCCUUGCCCAAGCAACUGAACUGCUUUAUGAACGAAUUGAUACAAUGAAUACAACUUGUCUUCACAGAUUUAUAAACUGGCUGUCCUACCACUUCAGUCAGUUUCAGUACAAAUGGACGUGGAACGACAGGAUUACCCUGAUAGAAGAACCUGCAAACUCACCUCACAGAAGAUUCGUUUGUGAAGUGUUGGAAAAAUGUUUACGGUCAUCAUAUUAUGAAUUUAUCCUAGAAGUUGUUCCAGAACAGUUACACGAACUUAUGCCUCAAAAGCCAGACUACUCGUACAGAUAUGAGGAUAAUUCAGAAAGCACGCCUGGUCAUGAGCAUGCCAAGACACUCGUUGAUUCAAUAAAGGCAAACAAACCCAUGGAUGAACUUCUAGCUUUAGUCAAAAAGAUUCCUGCGACAUCAGGUGAUGAAGAAGACAUGGAUUAUAACCAAGAGACAGCGGGAGCCACGUCUCUGAAAGUUGAUGUUUGUUUGCAAGUUUUGCUGAGAGCUGGUGCGAAGUCUAUCAGCCACACAUUUAAGGCUUUGGACAAAUUUGAAAAGAUACUGCGAAGUGUAGUUACAAAUGAACAGCAGGAAAUGCAUUGCCUCAGGGUAUUACAGUCAUUCUGGCGACUUCAUACGCAGAUGAUUGAUAUUGUGACGGACAAGCUGAUACGGAUGGAUAUCAUCCACAGCAACUCGUUCGUUAACUGGCUUUUCUCAAAAGAAAUGGUUGAAGAUUUUCACAGGUCUUAUGUAUGGGACAUUCUUCACUCCGUGUUGAAAAAAAUUACCAAACAAACAGAGAAGGCGAAGGAGGAAAUGGAAAGGGAGAAAAGUAAACUGGAGAGGAUGGAAGAAAAACGGAAGAAACAGAAUGAAGAACAGGGAAGUGGGGAGGCAAGCAUUGAGGAAAUUGAAAUAAAACGAGUUGAAGUGGAGGGAUUCACAGAUAAACUCGGAGAAAUGCAGAGACAAGAAAAAGAAGUGUUUAUAGUCAUCUUUCAGCGUUUUGUGAUGAUGCUGAAUCAACAUAUUGCUAAAAGUGAGGAGCAACAACAAGAAAUAAAGUCACCGUCUUUUCUCGCCGUUUCAGACAGAUUACGAGAAAUAUUCUACACGUACCACAGUGAAAUCAAACCGUAUAUUUCAAUCUUGGAUUCUCUGCUCUUCACGUCAGAUGUUGAUCCUCACAUUCUUAGUAUAUUUAAUCAAUACAAAGCUCUGAGUACGUGAACUCAUAUAUCGACUAUCAGGUAAUGCUGUAUUGCUCAUAUUGGCGCUUAAUGCUUUUUAGUGUGAUUUAAUGAAUGUAAGUUUUAGCUAUAUAUUAUACCUCAUUUACAAACGCUCUCGUGUAAACAUACGUGGAAAUUAAAUGUUUUUAAUAUCGUAAAAUCUGCC